AUGCCAAACACCGAAGUUUCAGAAAAUCCUGUAGUUCUUGAUUCUUCAAAAAAACGAAAAUUGAGUGUUGCUGACACUGUUUCAACUAUACCAACAGCAGACUCUUCGAAAUUACGUGUUAAACGUCUUAGCGAAAAAGCCAAAUUACCAUAUCGCGUUUCACCACAAGCUGCUGCUUUGAUUAAUACCGACAUAUCUAUCGCACUUCCUGAAGGAACUUAUGGACGUGUCGCACCGAGAAGCGGUUUAGUAAUCGAUGCUGAUUUUCGUGGGCCAGUUGGCGUCCUCCUGUUUAACUUUAGUGAUGAAGAUUAUAAAG